AUGUUUACGGUGAAAAAGGUCAGUUGAAACCUCAGGUGGGACUGAUUACAUCCUGUUUCUGAGGACUGCAUACAGACAAAACAUUUACACAAUGAGGGUCCUAUACCUACUGCUUAUAUUUCAGGUUCAUGCCCAGAUGCAGUGUGAUAAAACCAGCAUCCAUACCACAAUUGGGAGAGAGAUGAAUGUUGUCUGCAGUUACACUGACAAUAGGUUUCUAUUCAGUAAGAAGUACUGGUGCCUUGGGGAGUCCAGAAGCACUUGUGAGGUAUUGAUGGAUACAGAUGGAUUCACAAUAGCAUGGCUAAGGAAAAAAGCAAGGAUAUAUGAAACAAGGUUCAGAACCUUUCACAUCCACAUGACAGGACUCCAGCUGGAGGACACUGGAAUCUACUGGGCUGCCAUUGACAAAAUAUAUGCUGAUAUCAUGUUUAGGAUAAAAGUCGUGGUAACAGAAGAAGCGGUGAGCAGACCCCAAGUUCGGUUAGAUGUCUCGCCUGUGGGGACGUGCCAGGGACAGUCAGUGCUCUUGCAUUGCAGAACUGAGAGAGGCACCAAUGUGAAGUAUAGCUGGUCCAGGGAGGCCCAAACUCAAGAUGUUCUUUUACAAAGCUCCGCUGAUCUUCAAAUCCACUGUGCUUUUCUCAUCGAGGACGCUCAGUACAUCUGUUCGGCUCAGAACGCCGUGAGCAGAGAACAAAGUAAACCCAUUUCCCUUCACCUUCUCCAGGCUGGACAGGAGAACUGCAUAUAUUCACUCACGUCUGAUGAGCUUGAAAGUUAUGACUGCAGGACAACGACAGCAUCUCCAGUGAUAAGCACUAGCACUUCGGUGGAGUUUUCAAGCUCAGAGUUUUUCACGCAGAACAGUUCAGGUGGAAAUCAGUCAUUUUGUCGAAAUCAAACCCAUAACUGCGAUGAAAACUUCUAUCACAGGUCAUGGUCAGGAAUGCCACUGUGGUAUAACAUUGUCCGCUGGCUUCUCUUCGUUGCUAUGAUCACCACCUUUGGAGUGUUGCGCUCAUGCACGCAGACCAGCAGAGUGGCUUGCAAACACCACAACCAUAUCUGAUGAUGGAAAAUAUUGCUUUAGUUUCACCAGUGUAGUUUAGCCCUCUUCCUUUUUAUAGGCCCUUUUCUUUCUUUCUUUCUUUCUUUCUUUCUUUCUUUCUUUCUUUCCACAAAUGUCACUGUCUGGCUUACCUCUCUAGUGCACAAUGUUGCUGUAUCUUGAUAUACCAUUUAUUUCUGAACAUUUAAAGAAAACUUUUUCACUGAUUUGCUUUUUUUUAGUGGCAUAUGAUACUUAAAUCUCCCACAGUUCUCCUCUUUCCUAUCAUUUUGAGCCACCACUGCAAACGUCUGGUAUUCAUCAAUAAUCUGUAUAUAAAAUAAAUGAAGAAAUGAAAAAGGGAGGGGGGACGGGGACUCAGUGGUGGCUUAGUGGUUAGGACUUUGGGCUGCUGAUUGAAAUGCCAAGCUGCUUCUGUUGGGCCCUUGGGCAAGGCCCUUAACUUUCAUCUGCUCUCCGCAACUCUAAGUCAUUUUUUAUAAAAGUGUCUCCCAAAUUAGUAAAUGUUAAACUUAUUAAAGUUUUGGCACCGGGCACUGUUUAAAUGUUGUUUUUGUAAAAUAUAAAUGCUGUCAUACAGCAACACUGUGCGAUAAAGGACUCACAGCCAGUGCCGGUCCUGGCCCAUUUGGUGCUCUAGGCAAGAUUUGUCCCCAUAAAAUAAUAAAACAAAACUAAUUUUUCAAAAUAAAUAGCCACCGUGGACAGGCAUAACCAUAAAAAAGAACAUAAACACAAAUUUUCCUCAUUAUAUGCUCAAUACAAAGGAAGUGCUAAGAUUGUUUUAAAUAAAAAAUGAAUAAUAAACAUAAAUAACACUACAAAAAUAAGAAUGCAGUAUAUACUGUAAUUUAAGCAAUAUAAGUCUUACUAAUAAGUAAUAAUUAUUAGUAAUAAUCAUCUUUAGUAUCUAAAUAUAUUAGGGGAGACUGCCUGGGGUGGGGUUUGUUGUUGGCACAAAUUAUCAGGGUGUAUGACUUCAUGGACUGAACAGGUUUGAACAUUCAGAUACUGCACAUCUGUACCAGCAUCUUAUUAUGGAAGCAAACAUCAAUCCAUGGUGUGCUUAACCAUUAAGAGUUGGACAGAAGUUAACCAAUCCUGGUCGUCAUUGUAAAGCCAUUAUCUAAAUGAUAUAACCACAAAAAUUACAAAUCAUAUAGAAACUGUAAUAAGCUUACUAUUGUUUUUGUUUUGUCUUUCCACACUUUUCCUCUUCUUUUUCUUUUUUCGAAAUUGAACUCCUGAUGGUUUUUUGUCACUUCAUUUUGCAUAUCAGCUGACAAUCUUGACUGCUACUGCCAGAAAUACGUCAGCAGCAUUAGCAUAGAAAUGAUGCCAUGAUCACUAAAUCAUCAUCACUGACACUCACACACAUACUCCACAGUCACACAGACACACCAGCAGUGAUGACUGAUAAGUAUGAUGCACUUUUUGAUUGUAUUAAAAAUAAAUAAAUAAAUAAAUAAAUAAAUAAAUAAAUAAAUAAAUAAAAACACCGGUGAUGAGUGUCCUGU